AUGGCUGCUUGAAAGAACAAUAACGUCCGAAAUGUUUUGCCUUGAAUUGAUUUGAACGUGUGAUUAUGACAAGGCCGUGUAGAUCCAAAAAGCUGGAGGCAAAUAUGGAUGAAUAAAGGUGGACGUUGUGUUUAGUGGCUCACUAACUAAACUAGCAAGAAUGGAUCAUUAGUAUGUCUCCCGCAAGUUGUUGAUCAAUUCCCGCAAGUGUUGGAGAAGAAGAAGAAGCAUGUAUUCAUCUUGUAGCGAACAUCAUGCAGCUCAAAGGACAGGUAUCUUCUACCAGGCCAUGCCUGCCAUAGGAGCUGAUGGCAAGAACGUCAUGUCGCUGAUCCCUGUUCAAAUGGUUAAUGGAAAUAUUGUCCAAACUCAAAAAAACAAGCCUCAAACAUGCAAGUUUAUACCAGUAACCGUUGGACCUGCACCUGUUCUCAAUGGAAGAAAGGCACUCAUGGCUUCUUUAGCCACCCAACACACAGUCAGCAGUCCGGCUUCCUUUGGGAAUUCCUUGCCCAAUCAACUUGGUAUAGCAGACCAAAGGCUGGCGCUUGGCGUGUCGUUAAAUCACCACCCGUUAAGGAUUGUUGAACCGCACCGCAGAAGCCAUGUGCAAGAAGUUCCAGCAUCUCAACCUCCCUCUUGCAGAAGGAGACAGAUUUUCACUCCAUUAACGAACACCUUAUCGACUUCAGACCCGACCUGUAGGACCAAUGGAUCGUCCAAGACAUCCGUCUAUGAAAGCAAUGCUGUUUCAAACCAUUCCGAAGCUGAGAGUAUUUGGUCUGCAUCGCCUCAGACGUCACUGUCACUGGGCAUAUCCAAUGCACAUUUGAAAUUAAUUCCAAAGGUAUCCCAUAGGUCCAACAGCCCAAUGAAGUGGGUGAUCGAAGAAGUUAACUCCAAUGAGUCAUCUACUGAACUUUCACAUUCUUUGACAGUUAGUUCCAAUUCAUUUCAAACAACGGAACAGGGCAGCAAGAAUGUUGGGAUAGUGCCAAGUCUUAGUUCCAAAACUUUUCCAACAACGGAACAGGGCAGCAAGAAUGUUGGGAUAGUGCCAAGUCUUAGUUCCAAAACUUUUCCAACAACGGAACAGGGCAGCAAGAAUGUUGGGAUAGUGCCAAGUCUUAGUUCCAAAACUUUUCCAACAACGGAACAGGGCAGCAAGAAUGUUGGGAUAGUGCCAAGUCUUAGUUCCAAAACUUUUCCAACAAUGGAACAGGGCAGCAAGAAUGUUGGGAUAGUGGAAAGUCUUAGUUCCAAGACUUUUCCAACAAUGGAACAGGGCAGCAAGAAUUUGGGGAUAGUGGAAAGUUUUAGUUCCAAGACUUUCCAAAUAAUGCAACAAGGCAGCAAGAAUGUUGGGGUAGUGCAAAGUCUUAGUUCCAAGACUUUCCAAACAAUGGAACUGGGCCCCAAGAACGAUGGGGUAGUGGAAAUAAUGAAGCCUGUUCAUCCAUCGGGCUUGACAAGAAACUCUCGAAGUGAAGCUGAUUGUCAUAAAGCCUUGGUCAUAUAUGACGGCACUGUGUUUUUUGCAUCCACAAAGUGCAACGUUUCACUUCCAACAGGGAGCCAGGAAACCUUUUCGACCGCUGCAGCUGAAAAAGUUUGCCGUUGCAAAGAAUUCCCAGUAGCAUCACCCCAGAGUUCACUCAUUAUUUCAAAGGAGCCAAAUGAAGUGAUUGACCUUUGCAAUGACAAUAAUCCAGAGGAUUUGUGUCAGACAACACCAUUAGCUGUUCCUUUGGAUGAAGAUAAUGUGAUAUUUGUGUCCUAUAUUCCACCAAACCCGAAGUCUGUGCCAACACUGUGCCCGGUAGCUGAAACACUUGAGAAUGAAACCGACCAGACAAGCAUAAAGAGCCUGAACAGUGUGACUGAACACAACAAGGCAAACCUCAAUGGUUCCAGUUCUGUCCUUAAUCAACUAACACGCAAACACACAAACGGAAUCCCUACUGAAAGAAGACUACAACCUGACCAGAGCAUGUUGGCCAGCACAGAAACUCAUAAAAUUGAUGUCAUAAGCAGUCAAUACAGGACGAAGCAACAGAUGGACAACGUGGAGCUGGCCUUAGAAAUGAAGAGUUUGUCAGAUUCCAGUAUUUCAGAUCACAACAACAGAGGAUCCACGGAUGAAAUCAAGAUCUCGACAAAUGCAGAACCAGUGUGCAGAUCUUCCAGAAACCACAAAAGUGACCACCUUUACAGGAAAAUGUUUGGGAUUACAUCUGAGGUGAACAUUUGCCUGCAGAAGAUGAACACUGUAUCAUCUGAGGAGUCUGAAGAGAAGAGAUCCUUGUUGAAACGGAAGGAACUUUGUUGGCAGGACUCUGACAUUAAAAAAAGGAAACUCUCAGACAAAGAUCAUUUGCCAGGAGUUACAAUUACUCUAAGUCCGGAUGCACAUGCUUUGUGUGAUCUGGACCCGGAUUCAGUGGUUGGUUACGUGGAGCCGAUAGAUGACGAUCUCCCCGACAUGGCUGAAUCACACGCCACCAACUCCCAGGACUCGGCUGUCCAGCACCUCAACAGUGUUCCUAUGGACACAAGCAGAAUGGGAAGGGCCAGGAAGCGCACAAAGUGUCCAUGUUGUGUCUCCGGCGGUCUGAGGGUGGACGUCCCGGCCAGGCCAAGAGUGCUCAAAGUAAGGAAAGAGUGUAAAAGUGGUGGACGUCAGCAAAAGUUCAAAUCAAACAAGUGAAUGUAAGAACCGACCUGAAUCAGAAACACUUGAAGUUCUAAAAGCAGCACAUUUUGUUGUACUAUUUGAAGUUAGACUGCAAUGCACCAGUUUGUGUUAUUUGGAAAUGUUACACAACAGAUGUCCUACACUGACCAUCCCUGUCAACAUUUACACUCAAGUAAGGAAAUCCCUUUUUGCAAUUCCAUCCCUAUUUUUGCUGGUAUAUUUUCCUAUGCUGCUGAAAUAGGAACUUUAAUUCUCGUCUGCACUAUAUUGUAACUUUCAUAGAAUUGUGUAAGUAUUUUUAAAAAAGGGAUAUUUCUAAAACCUUGAUUGUAUCGUUCUCAAGUGUUGUUCUCAUAACGCUACGUUUAGACGAGUGUAAAAAUAGUGAAUAAUGUCCCUGUUACUGUCUCGGCAGCCUCAGGUCUAACGCCACUGGUCUGUAAUGUUACCAGCCAGGACUCCUCCUGAUGACAACACUAACAUUUCUUUGCACGCCUUGUAUUAGUUCUUUCAAGUCUCUAUGUCGACACGUUGGCUUGAUUUCUUUGCCUUGGCCCGUUAUUUCAGGAUAGGAUGUUACUGAAGGAAUCAAUAAAGUACUAUCUACUUAUCAAACCAACUGUUAGCAAAUGACACGUUUGUUUAAUUCAGUACUGUACAGGCAUGUAUGUCAAAGAUACGCUUACCUCUCUAAUAAAAUUGUUGAAGCACUUUUAUAUUAACAUUAUUUUAUACAAUAAAAACAG